GGUUGUCUUACCUUUAACACUACCUAUUGAUAUAGUCUGCAGCCCUAUGAUCUAUAUCUAUAUAUACCCCUAUAUAUGAUCUAUACCUAUGAAUCUUAGAUCGAUAUUAAUGUCAUUUAGGUUGUUCCGAUUAAUUACCUUACAUAUCCUCCAAUUCAUGAAUGCAGACUUUCAUGCAUACCUACUAGGAUUUCUCGUAUCUUGGCCUGUAAUAUGGCGCGAACAUCUUAUAAUACCUUUGUUUCCCUUAGCAAAGCCGAUAGGAAUGGUUUGAACGAACCUGAAGGCCGAGCUGAGUUACUCCAACAUUCUCGUAAAGGGGAUACAGCGAAGGGGAAACAAUAUCGCCGGCCUUCCGACGAUGAUUACUUGCUGCUUAAAGUUACCGCUUUCCUCUCGGCCGUGGGGAUUUUAUGGGUGCUUGCACACACCAACCUCACGCAGCGAGCGCCUUCGCACCAAUGGAGUGGAGACAUUGAGGGCACUUCGUUCCUGGAUCACGAGAAGUCUAUUGGCACCUUUUCAGGCAAAUCGUUCUUGAGGCAUAAUAUUCCGUUCAUCGACAUCCCCGAUUCGCUCAUCCAAGAUGUUUAUUAUUAUAGGUGGACGUCUAUUCAGCGAAACCUCCGGUACAUCAGAGCCGGGACAGGUUAUAUGUGUACUGAAUUUGUCCAGCCAGUAGGCUACGCUCAAGCUUUUGGGUCCAUUGAUGCUGCUGCCGGUCACCAGAUCGACGAAUCAAGAUGGCUGAGGGACACCUUCUAUGGCGAUGAUUAUAUUCAGCUCUAUACUCGUGGGCCAGCUGAUGCGCUCCAAUACACACAAUGGAUCCUCGAUGCCACGAGUCGUCGAGCUAUGGUGACCGGAGAUUCUCAAUUUUUCUCAGCCCAGCUCAAUGACAUGAUCCGUAUAUGGCAUGAAUGGGAUCAGGUCUUCGACCCUGCUGCCGGAUUGUAUUACUACCAGCCUGUGUGGGAUGCGCAAGAAUUAUCUUUGCCAGGGUUUGUUGCUGACCCCAAUGGUACUGAUUGGACCCUGAGAAAGGAUGGCCCCGACACUUUUAGGCCUAGUCAUAACGCAUAUAUGGUAGCAAAUGCAAGGGCUAUAUCUAGAGCCGCCGUGAUUGCUCACGAUAGAUUUAACGAACAUUUAUUUUCUAAAUUGGCAGAUGACUUGGAGGCAGCCAUGUAUAAGCGAAUGUGGGCCCCUGAGCAGCAGUUCUUCAUGGACAUUAUUCGUCCUAACAACCCCAGUCUAACGCGCCUUACUGGUAGAGAACAAGUAGGAUUGUUCCCCUAUCGCUUCGGUAUUGGGUUGAAUGAGUCAUACACCCAGCCAGCUGUCGACGCGAUGUUUGACCCAGAGGGUUUUUUGGCCCCGUAUGGCCCGACUACGUUGGAGAUACGAGAUCCAUGGUUUAUGGCAGUGAGACCAGAUGACUACUGUUGCUACUGGAAUGGCAUGUCAUGGCCGUACUCAACAGGUCAUACUCUUAAAUCGCUCGCAGAAAUAUACCGCUCUGGGACUACUAAUGUUACCGCGGAACAGUAUUACCAAUAUCUUCAGAUGUAUGCAAGGACUCAACAAAAAAAUGGCCAACCGUAUGUUGCAGAGUCUCACUACCCUUUUUUGGAUACUUGGAGUGCCGAUGGUUGGAAUCACUCUGAGCAUUACGAUCAUUCGACUAAUAACGACGACGUUAUAACCGGAUUACUCGGGAUUAUCCCACAGCAGGGGAACACGUUGAAAAUAUCCCCCAUUGUCCCAAGAAGCUGGACGUAUUUUGCACUCGAAAAUCUACCAUAUCACGGCCAUUUAGUGACCGUGCUGUAUGAUAAACAUGGAUCGAGAUACAAAUCUGGACGUGGUUUAACCGUCUUCGUUGAUGGUAGGAAGGUGUACAAUGGCCACCAAAAGAGCGCCUUGAUACCGAUUCCUCCCCCGAUACCACCAAACGAGGCGUUGAUCAAUAUUGCAGCGAACCCUGCCGGGCCUAGCCAGUAUCCGACGGCCGAGGCAACCUUCACCAAUUCGGGAGAUUUUCAGUACAAAGCCAUCGAUGGGGUUUUAUUUUAUGAUUCGAUACCUGACAACAGAUGGACGAACUAUGGAUCACCCAAUACUAACGAUACUUUGACAAUCACCUUCGCCCGACCAAGAAACAUAACUUCCGUUACACUAGCGUUAUAUUCAGACAUUGCAAGAGGUGGAGGUGUAGAUGUCCCAGCUCGUAUAGAGAUAUACGGAUCUAAUGGCUUGUUAGUUAUGGUCAAUGACCCUUCCAGCCUACUACCGAAUGAUCGUAACGAAUUGAGGUUUGGCCAAGUUGAGACCCAGUUCGUAGCUGUUAACAUGUACCGAAAGUCAUCUAAGCUCUGGGUUGGUAUCUGCGAACUUGAGGUCUGGACGCCACCUAAUCUCGGCCCGGUCCACUAUGCGGCGGAUGCCUAUCUGACCGGGGGAGAGACAAAGGUGAUCUUCGACAACACCUCGACUACUACAUCUAAUGGUGCUGUUGUCGGGGGGUUGAAGUCGGACAGCAAUGUAGCAUUCUCUGGAAUCAUGUCCAACGGUGGCUGGACCACUGCCAUAAUAAGCUACUCCAAUGCUGGCAACACGACAGUAGAAAUGGGCAUCGAAGUUAAUCAAGUACCGCAGAAGAGGUUGUAUUUACCCCCGAGCAAAGGAAAAUAUGUGGACAUUACAGCUACCAUCGUAUUGGCUUCGGGAAAGAAUUAUGUUAGUAUAAGAGGGGGGUCAGAUUUCGUGGAUGCCAAGUUAGAGUCGUUAUCACUGUUUUAAGGGGUUAAUAGGUAUUUGGGAAAUCAUAAUUAAUUGGUUAGCUGUCGAUUGCUUGGAUAAACUUUCUAUUGUAUGGAUUAGAGAGUUAUGUAGCUGUGUAGGUAUGUACAAUGUAAGUAUCUACCUAGUAUGGAUAUAAUACUAAGUACGAAGUAAUAUAUUAUCAGAACCG